AUGACGCAACUUGCGCGGGAAACGCAUAACAGACUUUUGAGCCCCUCAACGCCGUUUCAGGCUGUGUUCGAACCAGAUAUGUCAUUUUUCGAUUUUGUGAUAAUAUUAAAGCGGAAGUUAAAUCCACACGAACCCGUUGAGUGUUAUAGCAAUGUGUCUGCACUCCCGAAAAAAUAUGGACCAUUACUCCUUUGUCAAGAAUUUAUAGGAGAGCUCAAGGUUCAAACUGAAGAAUACAUUCUUUUAUUCCCAUCAGAAGACAGCUUGACCAUUGGAGGACUGUGGAAAACUAGGAAGGAAUUAGUUGUAUCGCAUCUGCAAGAUUCGGCCAGCCUGACAAUUAAAUGCGGGACGCUCAACAAAACGGCUGUAUUGGGUUUAAUAAUGGAACUUGGUCUUGGCCUAGUGGAGAGAAUACACAUAAAGAUCUCCGACUAG